GUAGUUCGGAGUUCCCGCGCGCUUUCGGCUUUUUUUUUAGCGCGUGCAUAGCGCGUGUCUUUGCCGAGUACACGCGGUUCGCGCCCGUUGUCAGUGCGAGUUUCGACAUCCUAUCACCGCGACGGCGUGGCCAGGCAGAAUGUUUACAAACGUCGACGUCCGCGGCGUUGCACGAGGACACUGCUCUCGCGACAGAUGCGAAUGCGACGGCUUUACGCGCUCCCACACAGAGGGACACGUCAGUGGAAGCGGGGUUGUCGAGUGCGGCUGGUGUUGCUACUGCGGACAUGCGCCAGUCUGUCACACUCGUGCCGACCCAAACAUCUUUGGACGGGGAGAAAUUUUUCCUGUCAGCUGGCAAGCUGCCCGGCCACCAUUGCUUGACCAGUCGGUGUGUCAUGACUCUGACAGUGUCAUAUUGGAGCCGGAGGAGCCAGUGCUUGACGAUGUCAUUUUGGAUGAACCAGAGGAUGAGAAGGACGUAUUAAUUGAUGAAAACCAACACCUGGAGCAAAGCAAGGUCACUCUUCUGCAGGAUGUUUCCUUGUUGGACGUUUCGACAUUGAACAGUGAUCUCCAGCAGAGGGUUGAUAUCCUGCAGAAGCUUCAAAAGCUUGAACAGGAGAAUGAGGAGCUAAAGAACCAUAUCGCUGGUAAAAAGAACCUUCCUGAAUCGCUUCCCAAAUUGGAUGAUCGGGGGAAGAGCGUCGGGCACCUGCUACCGGAACAAAAGAACAGCGGUGGGAAAAGAGCAGAUGACUGGGAACUCCUGCCCGAACAAGAGAACAGCCCCAGGAGCGUUUCCAGGAAGGGUCGCAGGAACAUUCCACGGAAGGGUAGCAGGAAGUGUCUCCGGAAGAGUCCCAGAAUCAAUGGCCAGAACAGCUCAGAGGUCAGCAGCAUGUGCAAUGACCCGUCCAUGGUGGAUAUCGGUGGCGGUGUCUUGGUGAAGGAAAAGCAACUGGGCAGGCUUUUCAAUUCCCACAGCAUCAAUGCGACCAAAUUUGGCCGCGGCCUCCUCCGCACAGUCUUCACCCCCGACGAGCUAGAGGGAAAGUGCCUCAUGAGAAGGGGCAGGAAUGGAACCAGAACUCCACUGGACCCGAUCCGAGUGAAGGCUGUCAUAGACUAUACCCAUGCCAAGUUCAAUGUAAACAAACACAGCUUGAAGGCAAGCCUUUCUGCCAUGCUGUGUCGCACGAACGCCGGAUUAAGUCAACCUCUGUCAUUUCGUUGACGUGCAUGUCAGCACGGAAGAUGUUUAAACAUCAGCAGUUUGGUUGCGAGUGACAUGCGAUUCAUUUCUCAUUGAAUCAUCCUGAAGUUUUCAAACUCAUUGUGGGGAUGCACUGCGAUACAGCAGAGCUUUUGUUGUUUAGCUUAGUUCUCAUUUACAUUAUAUUUUUUUCAAAGAUUAACUGCUCAUUAAAUUAGCCAAGUGAUUUCAUCACAGUGUCAUUUUUGUAUGCCAAAGUUCAGUAAAUAUCAAGCUGUUAUAUCAAGGGUUUAUAAGAAGGAAGUGCAACGUGCCAGUUGGUUAUGCACCAUUGAGUCCUCAUAUUUACUAUUUUUGUAGUUUUUGGUUUGUCUUAGCUUUUUAAAAGUGUACUUGGUUUGUUCUUAGUUUGUUCAAGGCUUUGGAGGAAGUAUAGCUCAAUUUAACAGUACACGGUUACAGUGGCUGCCACCUGUGUUCCUAGCUUCAUUAUUGAUCUCAUUUUUGAUUAUAUGUGUAGUUGUGAUCUUUAUUCAUCAGCAUAUGGUUGGCACAAGCUUUGUAUGACAAAACAGUCACAUGGUGGCACAAGCUUUGUAUGACAAAACAGUCACAUGGUGGUGCAAGCUUUGUAUGAUAAAACAGUCACAUGGCUGACAGGCUCUUGUGGUAUCUUUCGGACCAUUAGUUGGCACGACUGUACGGCAAGCAUAAAUUUUGACAAUGGAGAGCAUGCUAAUAGAGUUUGAAAAGCAUGCCCAUAUACGUAUUGCGAUUUACGGGUUACUACUGGCUAAUCGGAGACAUAAAUGUGAGAAGCCACAUUGGGGGUGCCAUCGUGAGAAAUAGAGGAUGUAGAGGUGUUAUUUCAGUGACCAGCUGUAUUCUAAUUUACUGCUGUUGUAAAGAGUCGGCAGCUACAUUAUCGAGAACAUGUGGGCCUUUUCUUAUUUUCCUUUGAAAAGAGCACUUGUGCAACACAAGUGUUUAUGCGAUUAUACAAAGCGUCACCACAAGGUGUCGCUAACAGCGCUGCUCGUGCCGUCCACUUCUCUGGUAUUCUGUAAAUGGCAAAGGUUAUAACAUGCUAAAACUCUAUAAUCAUGCCACCUAUUGCUGUUCUUCGGAGGCCAUUCUGAUUAUUGCUCUUUUUUUGUUAUUUUUAAUUAUUUUUUUUACUUGACAUUCUGUGGUCGUUUGCGCAUUUGUUUUCUGUACUUUGUGUCGUUCUGUUCAGUGAUCGAGAUUGCACUGUGCAUUAGUGCCUUGAGAUUCCACCACACAUUUACCUAUAGUGUUGCUGUUACAGUGUUUGUAAUAGCUAUCAUACUGCUUCUACAUACUUUGUGAUGCAUGUGUACUUGUGCAAAUGUUCAUUGUUUAUUACUGUGCAAUAAGUUCUGUAAUGCUCAUUUCCAAUAUAAUCUUUGAUUCAGCUUUUUACUUUCUGUCUAUCAACUCUGUCAAGGUGUGCUUUAUUUUUUUGUAAAAAAAAACUUGCCUUUGUUGGUUUUGCUAAUCACAAGUUCCAAGUAAGCUUGUUUUUGAAGCUCUUUCUGUUUGCAACUUGAAACUACCAUCUGGUAGGCUGUUGGUUGCUUCCUCAACUUACAACAAUAGAUGACAGAAGCAUGCCUUUGUAAUCUUGUAUGCAAGUGUGAAUGUCAAGGUACUUAUCAACAUUUGGAAGUGCAUCAUUUGAAAUACUUGGGUGCAUUAUUGCACAGGAGAGAAGUCUUCAAAAUGAAGCAAACAUUAGCGAAAAAAAUAUUUUGUGAUCGAAUAACAAAUUGAACAGAUAUAAGAAAAAGUCUUACAAAAUGGGUUUAUUUUGCUUUAUGAAUAAUGCUCAGAAAUCGAAAUGGUAUUAGUAAAUAGUUCGCUUGAAAGGUCAGUCAAGCCUCUGCAGUGCUUCGGAAAGUGCACCAUUUUUACAGGUUAUUCUCUUAUUGGAGUGAACCUACUUGGGUGUUUAGGUCGUGAGUGUACAGCACUGAGAAUUACAGCACAUUGCAUUAAUUUCACCGUUUUCAAACCUGAGCCAAAGCAUUAACAGGGUGACAUGAUAAAAUUGAUGGGUGAGGCAGAUGAAACUCGGGUGAAGAACGAUAUAAUUUCGCUUGCUGUUUCAUAUGUUGACGAGUUUAGCUGGAAGUGAUUUUGAAAAUGCUUUCUAGGCUCAAGUCGUAUAAAAGAUGUCAUUUCGUGUCGAGAGGCUUCAUACCUACCCUGUUACUGUUAGAGGCAGCGCACUGGGCAGAACGGUUGGAUUAGUACAUAUGUUUGAAAGCUCUGUAAUAUUUGCUCGAGCAGUUAUUUCCUAUCAAGUAUGUGGCUUCUAAUCACAUGUGUUCUCUUCAUUUGUUUUCUUUCUUUGUUUUAAGUGCAAGAAAUAUGCACUCAGCAGUUGUAUGUUCUGGAGAGCGCUCUACAGCAGGUACCUAAUUGGAUGGUUCAUUCAAUUGCAUUGCAUGGCUCAUUUAAUUUCAUACAACUGGUGAAUUCGCUUAAAACCUAUAACUGAACUAAAGCUUUCAUGAAGCGAAUAAAUGCUAUUUCA